AUGGCGACAGGCGUUAAGAUAGCACGUGGUGCAGUUGGCUCUAUCUCCUCCUCAAGGCGUGUUGGGGGCGGUGCAAGACCUGGGUUUGGUGGUGAAAGUUUAGGUGUGCCAUUCGAUGGCGGACCGCAGUUCAACAUAUCCAGGGAUAUGUACGACGAAGAGACAUAUGGUAUAUCAUCAGAUUUUGUCUUCGCAUAUCGUGUCCGCCGGAUCAUGUAUCCUAGAGGAGGCUGGGAAUCGACGCACGCGGGAUCCAGUAUUGCGAAUUAUGGACAACAUGAAGCAGACGUAGGAGUGUCUGUUCCGAUUGGAUUGAGGGCUUCGCUUUUCAAGUCGAGGCUCGAGUUUUCUGAGGGCGAGAAGGCUGAGAUACUAGGCCCUCUGCUGGUCGGUUACCCAUCGACAUGGCAAAAACUAAUAAUAUAA